UAAACAGAAAGUCGCCGCUUCCGAGUGUCUUCCUCCGUUCGAAAGUAACUAGAUAACCGAUAAAGCUGGAUAUACUAAAGUGUAAAGGGCGAAACCCACCUUCUUUAGGAAAAUCGCGCGAAACCGAAUAAUAAAACUGUGCAAUAAAAGUCUAGACGAGUAAGAACGCUUUUAGAGAACGUUUCCUGCUCCAGUAUGCGUCAGUUUAAGGUAAAAGAGAACUAAACUUAACGAUUGAAGUGUCCGUGGAGUGUGAAAGGGUUCGACCAAUCCCAAGAAUCCAUUGUGCGGCGGUUUACGUAUCGAGGAAAACUCCAGGAUAAUCAAUUACUAGAGGAAAUGGCUUUAAAGCCGCAUGUGGUCAGUCACAGUAGUGUUUCCCGUGUCUAGUCAGACGCGAACAUCCGCACUUUACCGGCGUGAUCUGGUGCAGUGUUAUUUAGAGAAAACUGCAUUGUCGUGCUUAGGAACGAUUACCGAAACCCCCGACCACCCUCGACCUCCUCGAGGCUUUACUUCCACCCCCCCUCGGUCGAGCGCCCCAACAAGAACGACCUCAGUGGACCAGAAAGUGACUCGAAGAUCAAACUCAAGAUCAGCUCCAAAAACUCAAAAGGUGGUUAACCAGGACACCCGCGCUUCGGCCGACAACCCUCCCAGUUACCACCUUCGUCCCCGAUCUCCCGUCGAUCCUCGGCCGGUCGAACCUCAGAAGCCAGAGUCCGCGAGGUCCAAGAAAUAAUUGAGCCUCACGCGGAGGUCCAAAUUUGGAUGAAAGAAAUAGCAAAGAAGGAACCGCCGGCUGUUAAAUACGCUUUAAUGAAAUAGACAUCGGAAGUGUGCCGGCGAAGUAACGAUUACCCGAGUGCGCAGCGAUAUCGGUCGGUCAUGAAUCUGAUGUUCCGAAAGAACUUCGGAGCCGACAAGGGCCCCGGUGGUGGAGGGGGCGUAGGAAGCGACCGAUCCGCGCCCGGGUACGGGGCGGGGGCAGGCCCCAGCGCGGUCGGCGUGGGAGGCGUGGGACUGGGGGGCACGCGGCUGGGGGGCCGNGGCGCCGGGGGCGUGGGGGGCCGUGGGCCCGUGCGGCGCAGCCGCGAGUUCGGCUACUACCCCAUGGACGAGCUUCCCACUCACCCCCUCCGAACUCACCUGUUCCUGACGCCCCCCACAGGUGGGAGCGCCGCUGCCGCCGCCGAGGAACCCGAGCGGCUCGGGCCCGGGCCCAGGCGCAACUCCGGCGGGCCCCUCAUCCGCUGGGGCGGGGCCUCCUCCGGGCCCGCCGGGAACCCCAACAAGCGGAAGCAGAGCGGGGUCCACCCGAAGGAGCCCGAGGAGCCCGCCACCCCGACGGCCUCUAGACAGGUGUCAUUCAGCGCCAACCGAUCGUCUGGAACUUACACGCCACUCGUCACUUCCGGAAGCAGUCCACCUCGAAGUGAACCAAUUUCGUUGGCAACUUUAGAUCGAGACUGCUUCAUAAUUCCAUUGGCCUCUUUGGAACGAUUUCUUCCAGCAGGAGUACCGCAUGCCCCAAUUGCCGAUAAGAAGAGGUCGGGCAGCCCUCUUUCCGUCCUCGAGGUGGAGGACCCGAAACAAUGUGUUCUGGCACAUUUCAUGACCCCUCUGGAACCCCUGGAUCCUUUGGUGGAAUCGCCAAUUUCCCGACCAUUGGUUCUGCAACGAGAUACAGCGGCGGAAUUGCUCGCAGAAAUUGCAUCAUCCGCUUCGCAAAGUAUCCUAUUAACCAACAUGGAACGGAAUGCCGAUUUUCCGUUUAUUUCUUAUUAUCUAAUAAACAAGCAGAACACCGACCCAGUCGACUUUUAUCAGGAAGUUCAAUGUGCGACCCUGAAAAAGUUCGAUCCUCGCGAUUUGCGGUAUGCGGCCAACCACACUUUGGAUCUGUUCAACGAAGUUGCGACCAUCGCCAGGCCUCCUCUGGAGCCGCCCGGAGGAAGACCGCCCAUUCCGUCCACUGGUUACAUCGUUUCUAUAUUCAAGGUGUUCGAAGGAGACGAUGGACUCAAAUUUGAGCAGAACUGGCUUUAUUGGACCGGUGCAAGAAUGAUGUAUCGGUAUCUGCCAAAGUCCGUGGGCCUCAGAAGAAUAACACUGCACAAGUCGAUGUCUCAAGGCGACAAGAUGUAUUUACUGAUCUGCGAGUGUUCACAGCUUCAGGAUAAUUUAUCAGCAGCCGCAAUAUUACUGCCGGCUCUUCGAGCACGUCUCUGUGGCUAUACUGGAUUGUACAGGCCAUCGGUGUGUUUCUGAUUCUUCAGAAAACCAUGAUUAUAUAAUGAAGAAACCAUUUUCCAAGGAGAGACUCUAAUUCGAGGAGUACUUUUGACUUGAAUCAGAUCUCCCGAAAGAUCAGCUACCGAAAGUCGAAUCGGUAAUCAGCAAACGAUUAAUGGUGCCAUUAUUAAUACAGGAAAAGGACUUUCAAAAUCAGCUGGGAAUACUUGACACUAUCGUUUUGCGAGAAGGAACGUAGAACGGUAAAAUCGGUUUGAAAAUACGUAGCCGUUAUAAUAAUGCUAGCGUUACAACGGCUACGUUUCUUUUCGUAACGAAAAAUAACAACUAGCCGAAGGUAUUGUUAACAAGCCAAAUGAUUCUUUUUUUCCAUACAACGAUUUUUACCGGUACCAUAAUUGGCGACAUAUCAUACAUGAAAAACUGUGAUACUGAAAAACAUAUAUCACACGCAUGUGAAUACGAAACCUUGUAGAGAGUUUUUCUUUAUUAGGUACGAUACGGUUCGGUAGAUUAAGAUGUAGGAUCCAGGGUACGUAAAAAAUGGUUUUCAUCUUAGGAAGGAUUUUUAAUCCUAAUUCAAAGGAUGCGUUAAUCUUCAGCUCCAUAGAUCUAUUUGAAGCGGAAAGCGAAGCACGUCCGAAACAAUAACUUCAUUGACGAAGAAAAACAUUUCCUCUUGUUGAGAAGCAUAUAAUUAAUUAUUGUAAUUCUAGACAAUAUUAGGCAGAAUCAAAAAUGGCAUUAUUCCCUUCUUUUUUAUAAGGCCGAAAAUUAAUAGGGAAGGUAAUGAUAUUACAUUUUGCUAGUACUCGUUAAAGUUAUUUCACCGUUGAUUCGCGAUGGUUUCAAAUGUAAUUAGAGUCAAUUUUCUAUGUGGCUUAAGAGGGAAUGGUAUGAUUAAAAAAGCCCGAGUUGACCGUGCUGCCACGUAACAGCAAGCAGAGGCAACACUUGUGACGUAACAAGCGUCGUUGCUGUGCCGUCCAGUGGAAGUCACGGUACCGCGAUUUCGAUGUCAAGUAGCCUUAUCAAGAAACUAGGUAGAGUUUCGAGCCAAAUACAUUUUUGAGCGGAAUCCCAGUAACGUCACGUUAUGGGAACUAUGUUACAGUCCUGGAGUAGUAUAAUGAGACUUGAUGCCUAUGGUUGGUUCCACAGAAAGAGACUCCAGAAGCGGAACCCAAGAUCUCAGAUUUUCGCUGAUCUAACGAUGCGAGCGCUACUUGCGGAAAAUGAGGAAACUCUAAUCCUAUGUGACUAAAACAUUUCCUACCGAUAUAAAUGACCUAAAUUGCUUUUAAUUUUGCAUUUAAGGUACGUCAAAUGAGACGAUAAUCCUCAUAUGAUAUACAGAAUCUGAUGUUUUUAACGCGAUAAAGAUUAGCGGGCACGUUAGCAGACGAUAAUCUUGAAUUGAAAAAUUUCAUCGAAGAGGCGCUCUCGGCACUAAAUCAGAAACAAAUUUGAAGAUCUUGGACCCCUAAAGUGGGAACGAUUUCAAUACGUGGUGUUGUAUCUCCUUAUACUACUUCGUUGUUACAGUUCUAAGCGUUGAGCGAGUAACGAAAAAAGCCAUGUGGGAUCACCAUGACAAAUUCGUGGACUGCCAGUCCGGAUUUUUACUCAGUGUUUAUAUUUUCUCUGACACGUAAUUGAAAAAUCUGACUCCACAGGGAAAGUUAUAUGCUCGCGAAGCUGUGAUUUCAUCCAUUCAAAUUAUUCAAAGUACUAGGUUGAGGAAUAAGUUUGCGCCGUUUUAAUUACAUUAUCUUACGUUAAAAACGGCGGGAACUUGUUCCUAAACCUAAUACAUCCAGUGCAAAUAUUUUUGAGGGCAAAGUUUCCCCACUUCCAGGUCGCAUAAAUGUGAAAACACACACAGAUAAAAUAAUGUACCAUUCCCCCUUAGAAACAAGUCCUGGGAAAUAUUAAAAGUUAAAAAUAGUCAUUCAGUCUUUCUAAAAAAAAUGUAUAUUUGACUUGUUCAUUAGAAGACCCGAGACUACUUUUAGGAGAUCUAUGCAUAAUAGAGGGAGAGACAUAGCUGGCUGCGGAUCUACAUCGUAGUACAAAAUGAAUAGGCGAUAAGCUUGUUGCACGAAGACAAUAGUUGUACAUAAUUGCGCAGGCGCAAUUUGUUACUAAUAUCAUAGGUUUUUAUUGAAAUCUAUCCUUUUUGCAACACAGAUGUACACAUCGACCAUGAAACGAUAGAACUAAUACAAGCCUUGCCAUUAUACUGUGAUUCGUGUGCAUUUUAACUGAUGCACUCGCGCAAAUUUAAUAUGAUUAAAAAAAUACUGUGAUUACAUGAUUGAAAUGUUAAAAGGAUACAUUUUGCAAAAAAUCGGUUUGUGUCCAUUGUGACAGUAAUUAUCACAAAUGAAUUUGUGACAAGGUUUCUUCUGAAUAAUUAUAAAGAUAACCUUCAAUUCUCUUUGAAAUCUCCUAGUUAUUAAUUUACAUAACCACUUAUACAGCUUUUGCAGCACACUGAGAUUUUUUCAAACAGCAAUUUUGCGACUCUUCAAUGAAAUAUACUUCUAAUUUAUUGAUUCGUGUACAAUGAAUGAAAUGAUAAUAAAUCAGUAAUCCAAUA